AUGGCUAAUCUUACUCCAAUAGAACAUGCUGAUUUGCUUUGGAAUCGUUUAAGUGCUAUUUUGGGUAUUUUGGUUAGUGAAGGGACAACUGCGAAAGAAGUGAUUUUAGCACUUAACUCGGAGCUGGUUUUGGCCCAAAUAGAAGAACUUGGGCUUGUUAAAGAAGCGUUUAGUGUUGGGUACUCAAAACGAAGACGAGAUAGAGUGAUUUAUUCUGUUAUGAUUACUGGUGUUUAUAGUAAAUUGGCUGAAACUAAACCGGAUAGAGUCUUUGAGUUACUGGAGUACUUGGAAGGUCGAGUUCGAGAUGUAGAGAAACAAGUGCGCUCUAAUUGUAUUGCCUUUAUUCUCGGCCAUGCUGAUUUGUUUAAUUCCAGUGAAAGUAGAAUGCUUAUUAAAGAAAUGAUCGGCAUACUUAAGAACAAAAGCAAGUCAAUUAGACAUUCUCAUUUCCGAUUGUUAACGGCUAAUUUACCAGCCUUUUUAUCUUUACUAUCUAAAACAGAUGGUGAAUUGUUAUUUAGAACUUUAUUGCCUGUGAUUGCUAAUGCAAUGGUUUCUGAACCUAAGGAUACUUACUUAAUCAAACGAGUCUUUGAAAUAGCUUGUGCCCUAAGAACCCAGCAAAAAGUAAGACCCAAUCUUUUUGCAACUCUACUUACUACCUACUCUCUUUCUGAAAUUGAGUCUAAUUCAGUCAAUCGCUAUCUUACUCGGGUUUUCUUAAAGAGUAUGUCCAGUAAAGACUUCUUACUAGAAUUACACCACUCUAGUCAUCCUGAUCUCUUUAAAGAGAACCUUCUCUACUUACUGGCUUGGAAUAUGCGAACACGUAAAGGUCUUUAUCUUCUUUACUUUAACUUAGCCACAGAAAAGACUCUACCAUUACGGCCUCAGAUAGCCGUAACCCAAAUGAUUCUUCAAAGUCCUCUUCUAAUUGACCGUAGUCCUUUCCUUCUUUGGAUUGAUGAAUUACUAGCUCAGUACCAAACUCUUUCACCAACCGAACUAACUGCUCUCUACCAACUAUACUUAGGUCAAGUAGAAACCGGCCACAUACCUUUUACCCAAUUCUCCACUCAUACUCAGCACAUCUAUGAAUCAGCCCCUUCACCACUUAAAGAACAAAUCCUCCAAUUUAUUGCCCACCAGCUUAAGACCCAAUUUACUCCUAAACACUCCAAUCAAAACAUUCCUCCCCACCAAUCUAUUUCACAGUAUGAAAUCUUUGACUUCCUAGCCAAAACAAUCGCCCAAUACUCACUUGUCCAUGAACCUACCUGCGAUCUUUUCCUACAGUACUUAAACCCUUUUAUCCAUCUACCCAAUCAUAUCCCACAAAUCACCAAUCUAUCCAACCGACUUAAUUUCAGUCUUAUCUUCUGGUAUGUAGCCUCCCUGGCCAAAGAUCUCACUACCCCCAACCCCGAGUUUCUUAACUCCCUUCAAAUUUCACCUCUUGAUCAUCCCGAUCUUAAUUUAGCCACUCUUUUCUUUAUCUUUGCCCAAACCAAUCAUUCCACUACCUUAGCCCAACUCAUUCCUACCGUUCGUGAACGCAUUACCCAGUACUUCUCCCAAACUCUCGAUAAGAUCCGCCAAACCCGAGACUAUCUCCUUACUAACUACACUCCAAUUGAGCAGGCUCUAACUACCUUCAUAACUACUCUUAUUGAAACUCAUCCCGAUUCCCACCCAAACCCCAAUCCAGCCACAAUUCUUGCCCUCCAGAAUGCCCCCCAACUCACUAUCCUCACUCUUUACCUUCUCAACUCCAACCAUUCCAUCACCAAUCUCACCCGUUUUCUCAACCACUACCAACUCCAACCAAUCCCACCAUCCACCACCGAAACCACCCGUCUCACUGAGUACGGCAUUCUCAACCCCAAAACCCAAAAGAAGUACCAAGAUCUCUUCAAAUCUCCACCUAAUACCACCCCAUCUAAAUCCUCACCCAAUACCACCCCAUCUAACCCCAAACCCGACUCUGAACUCUCCUCCGUAACCGAACUCUCCUUCUCCACCAAUCUAGACACCAAUACCAUCGAAGGCAUCUCCCGUCUUGAAGAUUAA